UCUCUCUCUCUCUCUCUCACGCGCGCAGACCUAAAGCGAGGAGACGGAGGAGACGCGCUCGCAAAGACCGGCGGAGUUUGGUGUUGACAAUGAGCCCUUGGGCAACUAAAACAAGGUAUUGUACGAAGAUCAAGGCUUUUAUUUCUGAAGUUCAUUCCACAAAGCACUCGCCUCAGAGAAUUGCUGACAGCAUGCGAAAGACAUUUGAAUGAAUAUAGCAAAAUAGCAACAGCCUCCCCAUCAGCAGCACAAAUAGCAAUCAAGUCUAGAAAAACAUGUGUGGAACUGUUGAUGAGUAGCACGUGGCUUUGGAGAGGAGGAGGAGGAGGAGGAGGGUGCUUCUCUUCCAAUUUAUGCUGAGAUCUGAAGGACUUAAUGCUUAUAAGAAGAGAUGCUAACACAGAACUCAAGUCGAUCGAUGUGGCCAAACAAGGCAGACCUGACGGCUACUUGACUGGCAGGAGGCACGGCGUUUGCCGCUUGGAACAGCACAGACCUGCUUUGCCUUUUGUGAUAGAGAGGUACAGAGGCAAACCAGAAUUAAAAUGCCAGCUAAAGGCAAAUACUUUUUUAAUGAAAACGAAGGCUGUAAGAUAACGGACCCUUUGUAUGAGAAGUACCGGUACUCGAGUCAGCAGCAUCCUCUUCUUUUCUUCCUGCUCUUCAUCGCGGUCGCCUACUGUACGACGCUCAUCAUAGUUCUCGUCAGCUACGAUGCACCACGAGAUCAUCUUCUGUUUGUUAUUACAGUCAGUAGUGCUCUUGUGCUCUUUAUAAUCAUGUAUGUUCUGGUAUAUAUUGAAUCCUUUGUCUGCUGCCGUCUGAAACUGUUCGCUAUUCUGAUUUGGAUCUGCUUGGUGACCGUGGGAUAUGUGUCUAUUUUUGACAAGGGAAGUACAGCUCCACUUGCUCCAUGGGAACAGGUGCCAUUUUUCCUGUUCAUAAUCUUCACGACUUAUACCAUGUUACCCUUUCAAAUGAGAUACGCUGUAAUCCUCAGCAGUGGUUUAGCACUUUCCCAUAUUGUAGUCCUAAGCAUCACCUUAGCAGACCGCUACAAACAGGAGCGAAAUAUCCUUGUAUUUCAGGUGCUUGCCAAUGCUUUCAUUUUCUUUUGUGGUAACCUGAUGGGUGCAUUUCACAAGUAUCAGAUGCAGGAUGCUUCGUGGGAUUUGUAUACAUAUACUUUAAAAUGCAUCCAAGUUCAAAUGAAGCUAAAGAUUGAAAAGAGGCAACAAGAAAGCUUGCUUUUAUCAAUACUGCCAGCUCAUAUCUCAAUGGGAAUGAAACUAGCCAUCAUAGAACGUCUAAAAGAAACCAAUGAUAUGAAAAAGCAUGACAACAAUUUCCACAGCCUGUAUGUGAAGCGACACCAGAAUGUUAGUAUCCUGUAUGCAGAUAUUGUAGGAUUCACACGCCUGGCAAGUGAUUGCUCUCCCAAAGAGCUGGUGGUGAUGUUGAAUGAACUUUUUGGGAAAUUUGACCAAAUUGCAAAGGAAAAUGAAUGCAUGAGGAUAAAAAUUUUGGGAGACUGUUAUUAUUGUGUUUCGGGUUUACCUGUGUCUUUGCCAGUACAUGCGAAGAACUGUGUGAAAAUGGGCCUCGACAUGUGUGAAGCUAUAAAACAAGUGAGAGAAGCCACAGGAGUGGACAUCAAUAUGCGGGUUGGCAUUCAUUCUGGAAAUGUACUCUGCGGUGUGAUUGGGCUUCGGAAAUGGCAGUACGACGUUUGGUCUCACGAUGUCUCCUUAGCUAACCGAAUGGAAUCUGCAGGAGUUCCUGGCCGUGUACACAUCACUGAAGCAACGCUAAAUCACCUAGGCAAAGCCUAUGAGGUGGAAGAAGGGAAUGGACAUCUCAGAGACCUGUAUCUCGAAGCCAUGAAUAUAAAAACGUACUUGGUGAUUGAUCCAAGGUCUAAGCAGCGUGCCUCCAACCAUCAUCUCCCUCAAACCAGAGUGCAGGAUGGCUUGAAGAUAAGGGCCUCUGUCCGGAUGUCACGAUAUUUGGAGUCUUGGGGGGCAGCUCGACCUUUUGCUCACUUAAAUCAGAGAGAAAGUGUGAGCAGCGAGACCUCUGCACCAAACAGGAGGCGUAGAAAGGAGAUAGCUUUGCAACUAGCAAGUCGUCAGAGGACUUCAGAGAGAAAUACCUCUCAAAAAGGAAGGAUGGAAGAAGACAUUAACGAGAAAAUGACAUCAACCAUUGAGGGCCUCAGUUCAGCCAAGCCGUGGUGUGGCGAAAAAGAUGACUUCCGAGGACUAUGUGGGUUUCUGCUGUGUUUCGUAGAAAUGGGACUGGAAAAAGAGUAUCGCACAAUCCCUAUCCCCAAACUAAGGGGUUAUUUUGCUUGCGCCAGCAUUGUGUUGCUGUGUAUGUUUCUGGUACAGAUACUCAUCAUGGCAAAAACACCACAAUUUGGAAUUUCGUUUGGUGUUGCAGCUAUCGUAAUGGGGCUUAUUUUAUGUGUGUGUUUUGCUGAUGACUGUUGGAAAUGUUGUUCGAAGAGAUGGCCUCCAGCGCGCUAUCUUCGCACCCUUUCUCAGAAAGUGGAGACGAUGCCGGCUGCGAGGCUCCCACUAGCCACUAUUGCUAUAGGCUCUCUGUUGAUUGUAGCUGUUUUUAACUUGCCCACGAAACAGCCCAGUGGAAACCGAACUGCACCAUUUACCACCCCGAUGGCGGGGGACAAUUCUUCUGGAAGUGGCGAUGUAUUGAGUCAUGAGGCUAUGACCUACUCGUAUUAUACCUACUGCUGCCUCUUGGGUUUUAUUGCAUGCUCCGUGUUCCUUCAGAUGAGCUUUGAAUUCAAGCUUAUGCUUUUGUCAGGAGCCCUCGUUGGGUAUUUCAUCGUGUUUAAUACCAAUCAGACUUUGAGCGCCAGCCACAGCACCAUCCGCAACUCCAACACAAGUUUUUUUAUGAAAGAUCCAACAAUAAUGACAAAUUUAUACCUGGCUGUGUUUUACAUAACGCUGGUUCUACUGUCAAAACAGAUAGACUAUUACUGCCGGCUGGAUUGCCUGCAAAAGAAUAAAUUUGAAAAAGAACGCGAAUCAUUCGAAACCAUGGAGAAUGUGAACAGGCUGCUCUUGGAAAACGUUCUUCCGGCUCAUGUUGCUGCCCAUUUUAUUGGGGACAACAAAUUAAAUGAGGAUUGGUACCAUCAGUCCUAUGACUGUGUCUGUGUCAUGUUUGCCUCAGUACCCGACUUCAAGGUGUUCUACACAGAAUGUGAUGUCAACAAGGAAGGGCUGGAGUGCCUCCGGCUCCUCAACGAGAUCAUCGCUGAUUUUGAUGAGCUGCUGCUAAAACCUAAGUUCAGUGGUGUUGAAAAAAUCAAAACUAUUGGGAGCACAUACAUGGCAGCGUCAGGACUCUGUGUUACACCAGGUCAAGAGAAUAAUCUAGACCAGGAAAGGCAACAUGCUCAAAUUGGCAUCAUGGUGGAAUUUGCAAUGGCCUUGAUGACUAAACUUGAUGGCAUCAACAGACAUUCGUUCAACAGCUUCCGCCUCCGAGUUGGCAUAAACUAUGGGCCUGUGAUAGCUGGUGUGAUUGGUGCUCGUAAACCCCAGUAUGAUAUCUGGGGCAACACUGUCAAUGUUGCCAGCAGGAUGGAGAGUACUGGAGAGCUUGGGAAAAUCCAGGUUACAGAAGAGACAUGCAAAAUACUGGAGGGCCUGGGAUAUGCCUGUGAAUGCCGAGGACUUAUUAAUGUCAAGGGAAAGGGAGAAUUGAUGACCUACUUUGUGUGCACUGAUACAGCCAAAUCCCAAGCGCUUUGACUUGAACAAGAAGCUGCUGAGAAGUUUGGUUGAAAAGUAUGUCUUGCUGGAUUUGAGUUGGGUUUUUUUAAAAAAAAUCAAAAACACCCAACUUCCCUUCUGUGAAGUCUGAAAACUUUGCCUCCUUGUGUAAAGGAGCUUUUCUGAAUGCGCAUGGACUUACCUACAGGUGGUACUACUUUGCAUCUCAAAAGAGGAGAACAGAAAGCUCUCGAAAGAUGUUUACAGCUGUGCCUGUCCCUGUUUGCUGAUGAUUGCUGCCAUGGAUUAUUCUCUCCUUUCCUUGCUGAAGGGACAUGGGACAUGAAAUGAUUUUCCUGCAUGUCUUCUGCGGAUUCACAGUUGAACUAAUUGCCGCGUUAAAAUAUUCUGCUGCUUCAUCCUUCGUCAGAUCCAGUAACAGUAUUGCACUUGUCGUAUAGAAGAAAAGGUCUGAACUGUAUGGAUAUAGAACUUCCUUUAGCGCAAAGUAGUCUCUACUUGAUUGAAGACAAUAGGAUUGAAGUCCUGUGACCUGAGAUCUUUUAAAACUGGAAAUGCCAGAGGUUGAAUUUGGGACUAUCUGCACACAAAGCAUGUACUUGACCAAGGAGCCAAGCUCCCACCACAUGCACUAACUUUGUGCCAGACCUCUGCCAUGGAACCUCUUUUCAAUGCCAGGAAAUGUUGCACUGCCAGUAUUCUUUACAGAAUCUAGUCCACAAAAGUGUCCCUUUCUUGUGGGUGUUUCUGUCCUACUGCUAAACCUUAACCCGAUAUUUCAUACCUGCCCAAUGUUAAGUUUAUGCCAUGCUUACUAGAGCAGAGAGAAAUGAUGGAAGGGGGAAGCUUGUCCAAUCCAUGCACGUUUAUUUUUCUGGGGUUUGUUAGCCAGGCUUGAGAGCAAACACAGGUGGCUUUGUGCUUCUACUUUGGGUGGAAACACCGAAGUGUCUUUUUCUUGUUUUCCUUCUGUUUGAGCUGGAAUGGCUUUGCUCUUCACAGAAUGCCAUUUAAUUGAUCAGCUAUUCAGUGUCCCACAGCAGUGUGUGUAACAGCAGCAUUCAUGUGGCAAUUCUGAUUCUUUUUCAGGGCUAGCCGUGUUUGGGCACCCUGCUGAUAUACAUUAUGGCUAGCUUCCACUACAGCUCCACCACUGCCAUGGAAAUUCUCUCUGUGCUGGGCAGAAGAACAGAUGCAUGAUCCCAAAAUGACCCUGUUCAGAUGACACGCUAAACCACAGUGGUUCAGUGUUUUGAGCUAAACAGUAUGGCUUAGCGCGUCGUGUGAAUCAUUCCUAACCAUGAUAGCUACAUAACCACAGUUUAAACAUGCUCAUUAACCAUUUGGUGCAAAAGGGUCAGCAACCUAACUAUGGCUUAGCAUGUUGUCUUAACAGGCUCACUGUGUUGUGCAGCCGCCCAACAGAAGCCACCAUCACUCCGAUUGUAAAUGUCUAGGAUUAGAGGUCUCUCUCUCAUUUUUUGUUACUCUUUACACCAUGCACAUUGAUAGCACUUCAUUGGAAUCCCACUGGCAACUAGUCUACAAGCUUUUGUACAUUAAGUGAAGUCUUCCCUUCCAAACUAUUGUAUUGCUGGAUUUCAUCAUUGGUAAAAUGCCACCCCUUUUCAUGUAGGAUUACAAUAGAUAGAAGUGAACCAAGAGAAUGGAACCAAAUACAAAGUCUGCUGUGAGCCAAAUUUGACCUGGAGCUGCCCAUGCUUUUGCUAUAGCAUUUUUCUUUUGAUAGAUUACCAGUAUUUCUCAUAUUUUAAAGCAUAGAUAUCCCAUAGGCUUCUGCUGCAAGUCUGAUUAGAACCUUUUUUUUCGGAGGGGGGGGAACUUGCUUAUUAUUAAUCCUCCUGUUGUUGUUUAAGUUAUUCAGUAAGUUUUAUGUUUUUGUAUUUGUUUUAUUAUCUUUUAUUAUAAGCUGAAAAAAUAUAGGGCAACUCCAAAGUUUACUACCAGCAUAGUAACUUGACUAGGUAAUUUACUAGGUUAAGGAGAAAUGUGAUGUGUUUCAGAUUUCUGUUUUGGAAUGCUAUCUCAUAACAGUGUGUGAGCUCUAGCCACCAUGGAAAAGCGGUGUCAGAUAAAAUUAUUAUUGGAAGAGAGGAGUUCCUUGUAAAGUUGGUAUCUUUACAGGCAUAACUUAUUUAGUCUGCUUAAAUUAUAUGGAAUUGGAUCCAAAGGGGCUUGUUUGAUUCUUCUCACUAGUGUUGUACAAAAGAAGUGAGGCUAAAUCUAAAGAUGGUGAUCAUUUUGUGCAACCACUUGCAUGAGCAGAAGGAAAGAACUGGAACCUACCCAUUCUAGCAUUGCAUGAAUUCUUGAGGAGGCUUUUGCAGAACAAUACUAGCUCAAGAUUCUUUGGAUCCAAGUCACUGUACCUGCAAAUUAAAUGUACUGGCAGGAGGCUAUAAUCUUGAAUUUUUCUCCUAUGUAAACUACUUCUGUCUGACACCUCUGUCUCAAGGGAACCAGCAACACCCACGAAGUCUUACCGGUGAAAAAGAAAAGGCCAUAAAUUGUUUACAUUGUGAACAACAGAAAUAACUGUCUCUUAUGUGCCCCAUUUAAAAAGCUUAGCAGUGCAAUCCUGUUCAGGUUUACUCAGAAGUAGGUCCCACUGGAGCAGUGAGGAUUACUUCCAAGUAAGUGUGUAUAGGAUUACAGCCUAAGACUUUAUCUGAAGCACCAGUGACUUGUGUUGAUGAACACAGUUAACUAUUUUAUAAACUGAAGGAUAAUUACUAUGAAACUUUUUGAAAUUUUGUUUUUUUUGUGUGAUUAAAUUUUCACUGGAUACAUUUGCAUAAGACUUUGUAGAAUACCUUUCAGUAUAUACUUCUAGAGUAAUUUCACUGAAAUCCAAGGGAAGAUUAUGGAACCAAUCUCAAGACUUUGAGGACUGUGACUAGUAUAUUUUUAAGUUUUCAGAGUGGAGUGUUUUUUCAACAUGCUUUGCCCUGGAUACACCCCUGUUGUGUUCAUUAUAAUUACUGUGUAAUUAACUUAUGUGGAGGCUGAAGUGCCUAUGUUUCAUGACAGGAACAAAUCUCUUGUAGUGAGGGCCUACUGUAGAUUUAGGACUUUUGGAAAGUCUUAGUUAACUAGAGUAAGUCACACUGGAAAGUGCCAAGGUAGGAUAGUCCUGGGUAGUAUUAAAAGGAAGCAUAUGCAAUUGACUUUUUGUAAUAGCUGCAAGUUAAUGUGAAUUAUACAAUAUUGCUUUCAAUUCUUAUUUUAUUGUGGAUUUGUUACAUGUCUGGUUUUUAAAAUAAAAUACAGAAGUUAGAAUGCUUUAAUUCAGAGGGUCCUCUGUGUUUAACAUUUGCAGCUAUUUGCUAUGUUUGGCUAUCAAAAGUUGUAUAACAACAGAAACUUAAAAGUAUGAAAUUAAAGCAUUCAUGUUUUUAAUAGUUUUCUAUUUGCAUUAUACUGCAAUUCAAACGUAAUUUGCCUAAGCUACAUUACUACCCAUUUUAACUUUUGAGUUUCCUAGAUUAAAAAUUUAGGAUGUU